AUGCGUCGACUGUUGGGCGAAGUGGAGCUGUGUUUGCUAUGGGAAAAGGCAAAUGCUGUUGAUUCCAAUUUCGGCGAGUGGUGGUGUCCAUCAGAAAAAGCUGCACCGGCCUGUUCCUCGCCGCCAGCUGUAGUGGACAUUGUUACGCGUGAUUUGGCCGUCUGGAGAGCAAAGUACGCUUCUUUCAUUGAGCAUGGAGGGUUUGGAAUCGGCCUCGAUUUUCAUCACAGAUACUCCCAGUUUUGCCUCAGUACCUACGCGGUUUGUCACUAUACACAUGUCAGUCAUGUUGACAAGCGAGACCUAUUGGUGAGAACAACGCUAGAUCACGCUGUCGGCAUCCUAUCAUGGCUCCAACAGUUGAGUCCCGUCGUUCGAGAGAGUCUUCGGUACAUUAGUGACUUUGCGUUUGUCAUGCUUCUCUAUGCAUGCAUGUUUAUCGUCCAAGCUUGCGAAUCUCGUCAGAUGCUUGCAGAGGAACGAUGUAAACGGUUGAAGACAGUGGCGACAACGGCUCAGUUGUUGGUUGAUCUGGGCAUUCACACGUUCCACUUUCCAUCAAUCUAUGGGAAAUUGUUACAGAGGCAGCUGGGGAAUCUGCAACCGAAUGUGUGCGAUGGGGUAGAAGCAGAUGUACAGCCCAAGAGCAACUCGCCAGAAACACCUGGCAGCAUUUGGGCAGAGUAUUCCAGUGUCAAGGGAGAUGAGUGGUAUCAGGAUGAUUUUGGAAACCAGGAGGAGUUGUUUGGCGAAUUAUUGAACAUGCCUCGCCUUGAUUGGUUUGAAGUGUUGGAAUGA